AUGUCCAGUGCGCCGUACCGCGCGCUGGUGAAGCAGGCCAUGCGCCCGCGGCAGGAGCGCAUCCUGUUCCUAGCUACCCUCACUGCCUACACGCUACUGUGCGCAAGCAUUUUGUCCCCACGUGCGCUAUUCUCGCACGGCGUCGCGAUAGGGACGGCGUUGUGGGUGGUGUUGAUUGUGCUGCCGAUGCUGCUGCGGCGGCGCACCGCGCUUAUAUUCCAUGCGCCGCGGCAUUUCAAGCCAGGCUACACAUCGCGUGGUGCACACUGCGUAUCUCUUUUACGGAGCACAUACGUAUGGCGCGAAAUGUCGCUGCACGCUGCGUUUGCUGUGGCAAGUGCAGUGUGCAUUGCAGCCACCGCGACACACACGUUUGGAUGGGACGCUGCGCUAGCGCCGAUGCAUUUUGUGGCAUCACACGGCACGUACUAUAUCCAGGAAUCGUUUCUUGUCUUCCUCCUCCAUGCCGCGUUCAUUGGCGCAGUGUUCGCAUUUUGCGAGGCGGCGCGGACGCCCGCUGGGUGCAGGAAUUUGCCGCCGUUCGACCCCGCGGUUGUUAUGCACGGGGGUGUAUCGCUCCGUGUGCGCUUCUUUGGCGUGCUUGCACAGCGCAUUUCGCGCACGUUUCUGCUGCCGCUCUCGACGUUGCUGCCGUUUGCCUUGUAUGUGCUUUGCCGCGAUGCAUUCUGGGAGCGUGUGCUGCAGCUAGUGGGGAUUGAAAGCAUACUCCGCCGCUUUGUUGUACCCUCGUUCCGCACACCGUUUCACCCGAUGCUUGUCUUUGUAAGGGUGCUGCUGCCGGUAGCUGCCAUCCUGGCCUUGUUUGUGACCACGUAUACUUUGUUUGACGUGUAUUGGUCGCAUCCGCUGCCGAUUCUCUCGGACCGUGCGCGCGAUCCAAAUGCGGCGUUGCUUGCGGGCCUAAACGAUACACAGCCGUUUUUUGCGGCGCAUGCGUUUAGCGAGCUCGCGCGCAUUGCCUUGUACGAUCCAAAGCGGCGCAAGAUCAUCUUUGACGAUGUGCAGCGCCAACAUGGACGUCCAGUGGCAUGGACGGGUAUAUACCUCGCAUGCACGCAUGCGCUAGACAACUUUCUCAAGGGCGAGACGAAACGUGUGCCUCUGCAGCCCAAACGCGACGCACCCUCUUCGCAGCCUGCGACGAUUUGGCAAGCGCUCGCUCAGCCCCCCGCCAAGGCGCCCGAGCAAUUGCGAAACGCACUGCCGCUUGCUGCGCCCACACAGACGGGCGUAUCGCUGGUACAGAUUGUGCACAUGACGCUCUGUAUUGCAGGCGCGGUGGCAAAGCGGAUGUGGUCGAUGGUGCCGAGCGAUGCAAAGCAUGCGCUUGUGCCACAGGCCCUCGCGCUCUUUUUUGCCGCGCCGUCGCCCGCACUCGAGCUCAACGAUCGGCUCAUGGCGCAGCGUGCUUUUGUUGCAUGGUCGGCCAUCGCACUGAACCAUCUUGCACAGGCAAGCAUCACCGAGGACCGGUACGGCUGCGUGCAAAACGAUCUGGGAGGCAUGGUGCAAUCGCUUGUUGGAGCACACGAGCGUCUGCUUGGUGUGCAGCGCCACAUCGAGCUGACGGCGCUCGACGCAGACAACCAGCUUGUGCGAGAGGCGCGCGUCGUGCGGAAUGCGCUUGAACAGGCAGGGGACGCAGCAACGUUUAGCACAGCCUAUGCACCGUGUUACAAUGAGCUACAGUCGACAUGGCAAGCGUCGUACGCAACCCUGGAUACCAUGCUUAGCGGAAGUGCGCGGCAGAUUUUGCAUACGUUUGCGCCGUUCGGAGUAGAGAGCGUAGACAGGAGAUAG